AUGUCCGCUACCGAACGAACAGCGCUGCUGUCCGAUAAUCCUUAUGGAUCGGUAUCACACGAAACAAGUCCUCGACCCGCUUCAACUGGGCCCGAGGGUGCCAAACCUAAAAACGUUGCCAAAGAAUUGGGUCCCAACAUCGUCCCCCAGAGAGCAAGUAGAACGAGUCAGAAGCUCAAGCUACUUCCUGAUCAGCUGGAUUACACGUCAAUUGAUUCCAGCGUAGAUAAGUCCUACUCUUUACAGAAAAUUACCGAUAGACCGGCUAGAAAAGAUGCAGAGCGGUUGGGCAAAAAGCAUCGUUCCCUAUUACCCCGUGUUACCGCCUACUGUACAGCUGGUUCGUACAAGAUGCGCGACCUUAUUAGAUGGCUCAAAGACCGUAAACGGAUCCAUGGAACGAUGCCAAAGCUUUUUGACGAGUGCAUAUACACUCCGUUUGCAUACAAAGACUGGAGAAGCAACAGUAAUGGCUCUAGCAAGAGACCAGAUUUCAGCGACAAGUCUUCCCUGACUACGGAGACAAUUAGACUAGAUGACGAAGGAGGAGAGAUCGACGUUGGCAAGCGGUCCACCGACGUGUUCAUUUUUGAGUAUGGGGUGGUGGUGCUCUGGGGAUUUAGCAAACGCGAGGAAGAAGCGUUUCUGGUAGAUUUGGCCAAAUUUGAAAACGAAAAGCUCUCAGACGAAGACGUUCAGGCUGAGGAGUUUAAUUACUACAUAACCCACAGUUAUCAGCCGAGAAUUUACAACGAUUUCAUCACAUUAAGAGACGACUCGAAUUACAUGCUAAAGCUAAGUAUUUCCUACGCAAUCUCGCAAUCGGUCAAAAUUUCGCUGUUCGAGGAGCUUGUGGAUAACACCAUUGAAGAUACUCAGGAUAUCCCGCAACAGAUUGCACAGACCGGUAAGGUGGAAAUGAGCAGAGAGGAGAUCAUGAAGUCUAUCGGUGAGCUUUUCAUCCUUCGUAUCAACAUCAAUCUGCAUGGCUCUGUGCUGGAUUCUCCCGAGCUCAUGUGGUCCGAGCCACAGCUAGAGCCGAUCUACCAAGCUACGCGUGGAUACAUGGAAAUCAACCAGCGGGUGGCUCUCUUGAACCAACGUCUGGAAGUGAUUAGCGAUCUGUUGCAGAUGCUCAAAGAACAGCUGGGACACUCAAACGACGAGUACCUGGAGUUUAUCGUGAUUAUGCUUAUUGGUGCAGAGGUGAUUGUGUCGAUCAUCAACAUCAUUGUCGACAUAGUGGGACAAAGAUAAUGGGAGUGUAUACUACUUUUGAUCUGUGAAUUUCUUACCGAACACUAAUAUACACUUGGACCCUACCUAAUCUUACAACUCCUGGGAACCCUUGGCCUUUGGCAGCUUCUUUGGAAGCAACUCGGAGUUGAUGUUUGGCAAGACACCACCCUGGGCAAUGGUGACAGAGCCCAAAAGCUUGUUCAAUUCCUCAUCGUUUCUGAUGGCCAGCAACAAGUGUCUUGGAACAAUUCUGGUCUUCUUGUUGUCUCUGGCAGCGUUACCGGCCAACUCCAAGAUUUCGGCAGCCAAGUACUCCAAGACGGCAGUCAAGUAGACUGGAGCACCGGAACCAACUCUCUGAGCGUAAUUACCCUUUCUGAGCAAUCUGUGGAUUCUACCAACUGGGAAGGUCAAACCAGCCUUGGAAGAUCUGGAGACCGAAGCCUUAUCUGCGGAACCUGCUUUACCACCCUUACCACCGGACAUUUUAG